AAAAACCUUCCACCCGUCAGUCUAGGAGGAAAAGAGAAAGGCACUGUUGAUCAGCUGCAGGAAAUGGCUUUUGGAGUUCCAGUAUCUGUCUAUCUUUUAUUCAAUGCAAUGAUGGUAUUUACUGAAGAGGCAGCCAUCACUGUCAUAUCUCCAAUCACAGACAAACAAAGUAACUGGACAGUUAACAAAACAGAAGCUGCCUCUACAGAAGAACCCAGAGCCUUGAAGUUCUCACAUCCUUGUCUGGAAGACCACAAUAGUUUUUGCAUCAAUGGUGUUUGUGUGUUCCACCAUGAGCUGGAGAAAGUGAUCUGCAGGUGUUUUACUGGUUAUACUGGAGAAAGGUGUGAGCACUUGACCUUAACUUCAUAUGCUGUGGAUUCUUAUGAAAAAUACAUUGCAAUUGGGAUUGGUGUUGGAUUACUAUUAAGUGGUUUUCUUGCUAUUUUUUACUGCUACAUAAGAAAGAGGUGUCUGAAAUUCAAAUCACCUUACAAUGUCUGUUCAGGAGGGAGACCACUCUGAGCCUUUUUUAAGGAAUUAUCAUGGAGACAUUUGUAAAAUUCAGUGGACUCAAAACUAAAAUUCUCAAACAAAACAACACAGGACGACUGACUUGAAAAAAAUGGAAGUUGGGAUCACUCUGAAAUGAGAGGAUAAAACUCAACGUUGGUCCUUAAACUUUGCAGUUGUUAGGGUACCAUGGGAGUCAAGUGAACUCGAUGAAAGUCAAGUUCAUUGUCCUACUCUGGGUUUGCCAUUGUAUGAUUAUUGUUCUCACUGAAGAAAAACUGAGUUUCAUGCUUCCAACCAUGUCAUAUGUGAAUUUUCAUGGGAAUAAUUAUCAACUUUGCAACAAGCCAAAACAAUGCGAAGCUUGAGUUCCUCAUGUGUUUGCUAUCAAUAUUUUGGACCACUGAAAAAGGACCUCUCAAUCUAUCCACCUAGUCCCAAAUAACUUGCUUUCAUGGUGUCUAAAAGAAUAUGAUGUCAGCUUUUAUGAUGAAAUCCGUGUUAUGGAAACUCCAGUGACUCAAACAUACGCUGAAGUCUAAACCAGAGAGAAGAAAAUGGACUGUCCAAGGCAAACACAAAGCACAUCCAGCACUGUGCAGCCUUUACCUGUAAAAUAUGGAAUAAGAUAGUUUCUGAGGACUGAGAGCUAACUGGAUAUCAAGCCCUGAGUAGGCAAAACAUUUCUAUUUCUGAAUGUAUUAUAAAACUUGGUGUUGGACUCAUUCAUCCUCUAACCCCCUAAUGCUUUUACAUUACUCCUGUUGUAAGUGGAAUUGCCUGGUGACCAUCCAUUUGGAUCAAAAUUCUAGACUUUACCUAAUUAAUAAAAGUCUACAAUUGGUCCUGAAAUAGAAACUGAAGAAUUGAACAUAGGGAUUUUUUUUCACCAGUCAAGAGCAUGUGGAAACUUUAUCAUUUCUGAACAAUUCGUAACAGAUUUUGCAUAUAGAGAAAAUGAAGCAAUGGAAGAAAUAAAUAUUUGGGAAUCAGGAUCCUUCUGUAAUCAUAUUUCUGCCAUAUAAUUCAGGUAGCCCUGUGCAGAAACCUUAAUUUCUUUGGGCUUUGGUUUCUUUUCCUACAGGCACUUCUUGCUCUAAAAUUUGACAGUGAGAGAAGAAAAAUUUUUCCAUGUCUGUCCUGAAGGUGAGAUUAUCCUAACAACCCCAACUCCAU